AUGGACGUGUACACGCGCGCGGGGCGGGGCGCGCGGGAGCGUUUGAACGGCGGGGACCGUUGGGCGCCCCCCGCGCGCGCCCCCCGCGGCGGAGCCGCGCUCCCGCGCGAGCGGCUCGCGGCCGCCCCUCAGAGCGCGGCGGGAGCCCCAGCGCAGCACGGGAUCGCCUCCGGACGGGUCUGGGACAUCCCCAGCGAGGCGGACCCUGCGUCCCGUCUGUCCCAGGACUCGUCACUGCGCUCUAAAGAAGUUCUUCCUCGCGUUCGUGUAAAACUUGCUGUGAAUCUGUGGCUGCCGUUGCCUCGUGUUGCCGUGGUCGGCACCGUGAAGCGGAGCCUGGCCAGCCUCUUGGCAGCGCCCCGUGGCCUUGAUGCUUCUGCAAACACACAGCAUCCACAUAAGAGAACUGAGACAGCCAUAAACGGUUUUAUCAUGACAAAGGAACUGGUUUUCAGCUGCCUCAGCUUUCUGAAAUAUUUUUUGCGUGACCUGCUGGUGCUGGCAGGAGGGAGGAAGCAGAACUGCAGCAUCCCCCUGAUGGAGAUCAAUUGGAAAUGCUCCCUUGAAGACACAGACACAAGAAGAACAUUGACUGUGCUGGAAGGUUGGUUAACCACAGCCCCAGAGGAAAUCCAGAGAGGCUGAGCAUGCUUUUGUCUCACAGGCUAUCAUUAACCUGUAGCAUUGAUAAUUGCAAUACAGUAAUCUGAUUUUACUCA